AGAAAAUUAUACUACUCGAAGACCACAUGUAUAGCAAACCUCACAAUUAGAAAACAUUACUCAACAUGCUUAGUUCUGCUGUACGCAGACUGGGGAGCAAAAGAGAGACUCUUUUGUGAAGGAAACAUUCAGUCCGGUGAACACCAUGAACACAGGAAGACCAAGUCCUCAACCACGGAGACUAAAACUGAUUCAUCAAGGUCCUCCAGCAAGAUACCGUCUACAAACAGAGAGGAAAUUGCUUGAUGAAAAUGAAAAGGUCAGGAAAUGGACCUUUGGCAAAAGAGAUGCCAGUAAACCAAAUAAAAUCAUUCUGCUGGUGGGAGAGACUGGCGUUGGUAAGACCACCAUCAUCAACACCAUGGUCAGCUACUUGAUGGAAGUAAAGUUUAAGGAAGAAACUUGGCUUGAAAUCACAGAAGAAGAAGCCAGAGAUCAGUCAGAAUCCCAAACCUCUGAAAUCACCAUGUAUGAGGUCUUUCCUGUGAAGAGCUCCAUUUCUCUCACCAUCAUUGAUACUCCAGGUUACGGAGACACUAGAGGACUGGAGAAAGAUCUGGAAGUUGCUGAGAAUUUAUCUGCUCUGUUUCAGAACAAUGAUGGAGUUCGAGAAGUCGAUGCUGUGUGUUUUGUGAUUCAAGCGGCAAAGAAUCGUCUCUCAGACAGACAACACUACAUUAUCAGCUCAGUUCUGUCUCUGUUUGGGAAAGACAUUGUAAACAACAUUGUGUUUUUAAUCACACACUCUGAUGGUCUUCCUCCUAAAAAUGUCCUCGGUGCCAUUAAUAAAGCUAAAAUCCCCUGCAGACGAGACAAUAGUGGUCAACCUGUUCAUUUCAUAUUCAACAAUCGUCAGGGUGAAGCUCGUCAAACUAAAGAACGUUACUUUCGUGCUCAAAGAGACGCCUGGGAAGACAGUAUGAAUGAAAUGAAAUGCUUCUUUCAAUCUCUGACUGCAAGGAACAGAAGAAGUUUAGAGUUGACUUCAGAUGUCCUGAUCGACCGCAUUCAGUUUGAAGCUUCCAUCAGCAACUUACAACUGAGAAUCCAAGAGAAAGAGCUGAAAAAGGCUGAGAAACUUCAGAUUCAGGAGGUAAUGAAACUAAACAAGGGAAAGAUUGAAGAAUGUAAAAACUUCAACAUUAAAUUUGAACGAACUGUCAAAGUGAAGGUACCCAUUGAGAAUGCAUCAUGGAAGAACAGGAAUGCAACGACCUGCACAGUCUGUGAGGAAAACUGCCAUGAGUUUGACUGCUGGUGGGUGUCCAGUCCUAAGAAAUGUGAAGUCAUGAAAAAUGACUACUGCACUGUGUGCACAGGGAAGUGUCACUACAGCAAACACGUCAAAGAGAACAAGAAAUACGUCUGCAGCACGUCAAGCUACAUGAUGGAGUUUGACUCUAUAAAAAAGAAAUAUGAAAACACCCAAACACAAACCAAGACAUAUUUAGUUUUAAUGCAAGAUCUUGAAGAAGAGUUGAAGGAGAUUGAGGAACAAAAGGCAGUUCUUAUUGUCAGUGCUUACCACAACAUCAAGCACCUGUCUCAGAUCGCACUAAAACCAGACUCUGCCUUCACUCUCCAGCAUCUGGACUUCUUCAUCCCCAGAGUGAGGGAGGCUGGGAAAGCAGAAUGGGUUCGAGAGCUGGAGGAGAUGAGGAGACAAGCAGUAGCUGAUGAAGCCAAUAAAGACGCUCUGAGUUACCUGAAAGCUGGACUGGCUAAACUCUUCCUUGGUGAAAAAUGACUGAAUCCAGCACAGUGAACACUGACUGCAGAGGACUGCUGCUACUGUAAGAAGUACAGAGAGCAAUUACCCACAGCACCUUCCAUACACAAGGAGUUGCCUUUCCUGACCUCAAUCUAAUCAGCAAUAUUUUUAAUACAGAGGUCACAAAAACAAUAUAUAAUUACGUUUACAUUAGGAUUAAUUUGAAUAAUCUAAAUUUAAACUUCCUACUUACAUGCCAGUUAAGUAGGGGACUUAACGAUACAGACACUGUGACUGGUUCAUCAUCAGUUAAGUGUCAUCGAACCCACUAUCCUGAUCAAGUUAACUCAAGACGAAUGGGUAACUGGUCACAAGAACACUUUUCUUGGCCUCAGUAAAUGGGGUUUUCAAAAAUCAAGAACUUAAAAGUUCAUUAGAUCAUCCUGAAAACGAUGAUCUCAGACUUUUAAUGACUGUUAUUUUAUUGCUCUUUUAUGAAUCCACCUGAAUCCUGUAUAUGUUAACAAUGCAUUAAUCAUGCGUAACCAUUAUGCUUUGAUUUAUCAAAAUGUACCAUUAUGUGUAUGUUAUUUGAGAUGAAUGAGUGAAACCCUUUCCCGCUCUCUCUUUUAAUUCUAGAUAUGUAAAGUGUAUCAUGUUCACAAGUUAAAUGUAUGCUUAAUACUAUAUUUCUAAGCACCAUAGCUCAUGUGAGUGAGUCACGCCAAAGCUGCAUGUGCUGACUUGGGACCGUCACGCAGAUCCACGGACAAUGCUUUAUUGAUCCAGCGGAAACAUAUUUGGUUGAAACCCAUAACCCGAAAAAUCUCUGGUCUAGUCCAGUCUCAACACAGUCGAGCAGAAGCAACCAGUAGCAGCAGCUGUUGAGGAGUUGAGUUGCUAGGCUUCCAGGACAACUCUCCUCCAGGUCCAGUCCAGGCAGACUCGGACACUAAGAUGGGAUGGGUCCAGAAUCGAACUUACCCACCUUCCGUUUACACUUCUUUAUUUCUUUCCGUCGAAGCUAGUUAAGUUAGGUUGCGUCGCAAAACCAGUGGACAUGACUGCAGUUUGGCCAUCUCCAAUUUGAACUACCAGACUUCUCUUCAUCAGCAGCCUCGGAUACGCCACUUCAAUGGCAAACCAACCAUCAGUGAACUCACAUGGGGAAUCCAGCUCCACAGAGGGAUUUCACCACAGCAGUCUAAGGAAUGCAAGUACAUUUCCAGAUCUAUUGCUGAACUGGUGUAUGAUCUGCUAAUCAUGUUAAAUGAUAGAUGACCCUGUCUAAGAAACAGUGAAGGUUGAUCACACUACAUAAUUGUGUAUUACGUGUGUGAGGCCCUAUAAUGUACAGCAUAACUAUGAUGUAUACUGCAGUUUGUUCUGUGGAAAUAAAAAGCAAACAGUUGUCCUUUA